AUGGCAUACAGAAACCCUCUACUAUUAAUUACCAGGAAGCAGAUCAAGAAUCAACAGUCACUUAAUGUUGUGAUUUCGUCAGCCCUUCCCCAAGUCGAACCUGGAUCCAAUCUCUACAUACAGAUUACGGCCGAUUAUACACAGUUGAGCAUUCUAAUAGACGAGUUAGUUUCUGUUUACGAUACGGCAAGACAUUACAGCGAAGAAAACAAAAAUAUAAGCACCUAUGUUCUAUUUGGUUCCAACUACCUAAACCUAUUCAAUUACUGCGAUUGGACGAUAGCUCUUUAUCAGUCAUCUGAUGCCCUUAGCAGAUUCAUCAACAAACCAGGUAUUCCCAUUAAACUACUUCAAGAAUCAAAUACGGACUUAUCUGAAUUCAAACCAGAUGCACAUCCUAUGGAUAAUUUGACUGGGUCUAAAGAUGAAUAUCAUACUGUUGCCGUGGGAGGAACGUUUGACCAUUUACAUGACGGCCACAAAAUUCUACUUACAGCUUCUAUAUUUUUGGCUAGCACAAUUCUCAUAAUUGGAGUCACUGGACCCAAACUAUUAGUCAACAAGAAGUAUGCUGAGUACAUGGAGAGCUAUGAUCAAAGAGCUUCCAUUGUCGGUCGAUUUGUGAAAUUGAUCGAUUUUAACCAGAGGACUGAUUUCUACCAGAUCAAUGACGUCUGUGGGCCGACUGGCCAUAUAAACGAAAUUGAUGCUUUAGUGGUAAGUUUUGAGACUGCUUCGGGUGGUGAUUAUGUCAACAAUUUGAGAAAGGAAGAGGGGCUCAAGCAGUUGAAAAUCAUUGCCGUCUGUGUUAUAGGAGGUAAAGACAGUGAGCAGUUUAAGGAAAAAUUGAGUAGCACAUAUUUAAGGAAGCUAGAAGCGGAAAAACAACAAUAA